GUCUGUCUGCUUGUAUGCUAGAAAACAUAUUUGUGUAUAGAAAUUGCCACUACACACCCCCAGUAUCAGGCAUUUAAACAGGUCUCUGAGGGGGUAGGGGUAUGUACCGGUACCCACCACCUUAAUUCAUAAAAUUGGGUCCCUAUUUUGGACCAUUGUUUUUACCUCAUUCCUAAAAAUGAAAAAUACUAUUUCUAUGAGGGGAUUUGGUGAAUCUUUCUAAGUAUAAGUUUUAUUUUCUUUAUUUUCGAGUAAGGCUGUUGUUUAACGAACAAAAAAACCUGGAACUAUGAAAAUUAAUAUAGAGUUACUGACACCAUAGUCUGCCCUCAAUCAUAGACAUUAAACAUGCCUAUUGUAGCUCCUUUUGUUGUCUGAAAACCAAAUGUAAAGUACAAAAUGAGAUGGGAACAUAUUAAUGAAAUCAGGGGUAAUGAAAAAUGAAUUUUAUAAAGUCUUAGUGCUCUCCUAACUUUGUUAUUGUUUGAUUUGCAUCCCACAGCACCAACAGCGCCCACCAAGAAAGUUGAACGAGCAAAAGUACUCUUCGACUAUGAGAAGCAAAACGACGAUGAACUAGACUUAGUAGUCGGAGAUAUUGUAACAGUCCUUAAUAAAGAUGUAGAGGACACUGAGGGCUGGUGGGAAGGAGAACUGAAGGGGAAGACAGGUCUCUUUCCUGAUAACUUUGUGGAAUUGCUACCAGAGGAAGAGGAGGAGAAAGAAAAACCAAAGCAUGUUCACAGAAAGCAUAUGCCCACUCCCACCCCAGUCCUCGAGAAGAGCGCCCCGCCCCCACUUCCUGACCAAGAAACUCAAAGCACUGGUGAACCAAAUAAAAAAGAUAUGAAGAAAGCAAGCGACCACGAACCUCCAAAGCUUCCACUACCAAAACAUCAGCCUAAACCAAGCGUUGAAUUCUCUAAGCCGAGUUUACCGCUGAAAAAACCCGUACCUCCAAAGCCUUCGACGAAGCCGAUACUUCCCUCCAAGAAACCCGUUCCUAAACCUCCUAUUAAAUCGGAAAGAGAAAUUCCAUCGAAGACUAGUGCGAGAGAACAAGAAAUCUUAAAAUCAAGUCUGAAGGACGGUCUGAAGGACGGUCUGAAGGAUGAGAAAUCAAGCGACGCUACGACCACGAACGAAGGAGGGUAAUCUAAUGGAAACUCUAGUAAACAUUGAAGUCGACGAAGAGGAAAAGGAAAAUCCCGCCGAGAUUGAACCCAAGGAGCCAGCGUGGAAGAGAGAAGCGACUAAGGCUAGAGAAGAAAGAGAAGCCAAGAAGCUAAUGGAGCAAGCGACUCCUUCCCCCGGCAGAGUUGCCAGAGAGAAAAAGGUGCCACCGCCAGUACUAGGGAAGCCCGACGAAAUCAUCGAGAAACGAAAAUCUUGGCUAAGAGAAGACAUUAAGAAACCCGAAGGCGCGCCGUCAGAAGAGGUCAGCGGUCUCCGCAAAGAGGUAACGGAUUUACGAGCGCUUUUAACUAACAUAGAAAAGAAGAUGGCCGCGAUGGAGCGAAAACACGAGGAAAAAAUCGAGAGUCUUGAAAAACGUCUUGAAAAAGAUAUUGAACAAUUAACUAGUGAUUUCGACGAAGAGCGAACGAAUCACGCUCGGUUAAAGAUCGAGGUCGAUCGCUUAAAGAAGAAAAUGCGUCGUGGUUCAGGUUCUAUAGAUGGUGACGAGUCUUCGCAAGCGUAAAUUUAGCUUUUUUAUAAAUAGCGCUGUUUUAAUAAAGAUCUGGGAAUGAUUGACAAUUGUCGUAUCAAGGCCUUAACAAAUUUGGUACUGCGCGGUCUGAUAUAUGAGAAAAAGCCUGGGAAGGAGAUGGUGUGGUCGUCUAGUUAUUUAGGUAAUGUUUAAAAAAAUGUUCAUUAGACAGAGUUAGCAAAAGAUUUAAAGCUGAUUGUUGCGUCCUCACCUGGCUGUUGAGGACGCGUCUGCUUUGCUACUACAGUCUAAUGAAAUAAUAUCCAUUGCGUAUCCAUGGAGAACCUUGGGACAUUCUACUUUAAAGGAAUUACAUCCGGGAAUCGUUUCACUUGACAAUGAUCUCACAUUCGCUCUUCUGAAGCUCAAAACGAGGCUGGUAUCGACCUUGUGGCGACAGGAAUUAUGGGACUAAGUACAAGGCGAGGUCACAGAGAUUCGCAUCUCGCAUUUCAAAUUCAACCCCACAAUCCUUUGCAGAACAAGGUAGUCACCAGUCCUCCUUUUAACAUAGAUUAUCAAUUACAUUAUGAUUUCUUUGUGGAGAGAUUCACACAACCAACUCCUCCUUGGGUUCCCAAGGGCGUGGUCCAUGAUAUUGUUAACAAAAGUUUAAGUGUGGUAUAGUUAGAUAUUGAUAAUUAGAUAUAGUAGUUAGUAUAAUUGAUAUCCAAUCGUUCUGUUGGAAUAUAUAAGGUUUUUUCCAAGGAAAUCUUUGUCUUUCUCCAAGAUUUCUUAAUGCAAUUCACUUCCGGUAUAUUUUUGGGCUGUACUUCCGGUACAUGAAAAAAUUUGCCUUGCCGGUGUCCUUAGACAAAGGUCGUACUCCAGUUUAUACACAUCGAGCUGUUACUCUGUUACCCUUGUUCACUAUAUCGUGGUUGCUGUAAUGGACUACUUUGACGAUACGGCGGCCAUCUUGCCAGAGGCCAAAACAAAAACAAAGAUGACGGAAAAUAUAUAGAUUUUCGUGUGUUUGUCUUUCUUUUACGGGCAAAGGUGAUCGAUGUGUACCUUGGGGUCCAGAGAUUAUUUAUUCUCGCUCCUGCGUUUCGAGAAGCGAAAUAGAAGCUGUGGAGCCCAGGGUAAUCGACGUGUAAUUCAUUUUUUGUCGUAUUCUCUUGUGGUGAGAUGUUGAUAUCAAUCGACGUCAUUACUGUAAAAAAGCUUUAUUUGCCCCCUGGACGCCCUAUAAUGCCUUGCGAUACAAGAUGUCCGCCGUAUCGUCGAAAUAGUCCAUAAAUUUGGCCGAGCAAACGAUUGAGAACAAUAGAGACCCACUUUUGUUUAGUAAAAAGAAAUAUUGCGAGCGCAGGAAAUAGCAGUUCUCUUCAGUCUCUUUUUGCAAACUCCGGUCGUCUUCGCCGCGCGCAUUAAUAAGAGUGGGUCCAGUUCUAGAAAGUUUGUGUAUUGGGUAGUUUUGAUUGGGUUUCCUGAUGUGUGAUAUGUCUGAGGUGGAGUGAGGCGAGCAGCUGAUCCUUGGACAACUAACACAACGGAAAACCCAGGUGUUUGUAGGAUGGAUCGUCUUCCAGCCUACCGACUUUUUUGUCAUUUAAAACAUCAGUAAUGAUGCCAAUCUCAAGCCCAGAGUCUUCCGGGCUUUUGGUCAGCGGACUUGCGCUGGUAAGACUCUUACCAGGCGCUGACGACAAAGUAGGAAGGCGCUGAAGGACUCUGGGUAGGAGAUUGUAAUUAUGCACCAUGAAUCGAGGAAGUUUGUUUGUUCCAGAGCUGCAGCCCAAAGGUCGAUUUUACUGAACUCGUUAAAAAAAUGAUAUUAGCCAUUCCGAGGUUGAGAAAAAAACUGGGUCGAGUUUGAAUUGCAGUGCAUUGUGGGUUUAAGAAGACAUUUAUUAUAUAGUGUCUAAUUCGUUCCCUAAAACAGUCCCACAAAACAAUGCAAUACGAAAUCAGCCAAGUUUUCCCCUCAACUUGGACAUGACCGAAAUACCUAAAGUCUAUCCUCAAUGGACGUUUUUAGGUGGAUGAAGACGGCCAUACUUGAUUGUCAUUUGGAGAGAAUUUCGUAUAAAAACUCGCUGUACGGAAGUGGCGUGCCAUGUUCAAUAAGUAAUAAUUUUGCGCACUUUGGUUAAAUAGAAGGUGAUGAUGCCGUGCUUCGCCGUCAUGCAGUCAUACGAAAUUUUCCCUUAGGCAUCAAGCUACUUUAAUGGUAAUUCUUCAACGUGAUUGGUCCAUUGAUUACUGGCUCGUGACGUUGCAAUCUGUGAUUGCGCAUGCUCACACUAAUUCACUCCAAUCAACACUUCACUGUUAUUACCAUUAUUCCAAUGAAAUAAUAAAAUAUAUAAAUAUGUUGGAACUAA